AUGACGGAACUAAACAAACAAGCGACGAGCGGCACACAUUCUGCAGCGGGCGCGGUGACGCAUCUCUGCUCCCGGCAAUCGAGGUACACGGGCUUCGUGCCGCAGCUCAAGUACCGCCAGGGACACACCUUCGGCUCGCUCACGCACAAGAUCCUGGUCGACCCGGCCGUCAGCAAGUCGGAGAAGCUGAUCGUCUCCGACCGCUCCGCCGACGAGUACCAGGUGCUGCGACCCCCGCCGGGGGACAUCGCCCUGGUGGAGGGCCGGCUGCUGUGCGGUGACGUCAUCUACCGCCACCCCGCCGUGCCCGGGUACGAGGGGUUCGUGCCGCAGCUGCGCAGCCACCUGGGGCAGAGGUUCUCCGUGGCGGCCACGGAGGCGCUGGCGGGCUUCCAGAAGCAGCAGCUGAAGGACCGGCAGGCGCUCAACCUGCUGCGCCACCACGCGUCCUUGCAGGAGGGCCGGCACCAGCCGCGCCGCCUCGGCGACCGACAGAUGCUGCAGACCCAGUUCCGCAUGCCGCUGAGCGUGGUGCGGCCCGAGAUGGCGGGCGUGGUUCGCAAGGUGCCCGUCACGGAGCCGUACCUGGCGCCACCGUCGCACAGCAGCUCCCCCUACUUCCUGCACGUGGGCCACCCGGACAAGCACUUCAUGUCAGGGUCACGUGCCGGGUGCCAAAUUCCGGUACGGCCAGACUUACGGCAACGACACCGUGGAUGGUUUGCGGUGGCUGCGCGGGGACUUCUCCUGAGACUGUGCUGCCAUCUCCAGCGUCGCCACGAAUCCUCUCGGUCCACCAUCUUGAGCACUGUUACCCCAAGGAGGAUAUCUUUAUGUAUCUCCUUUGGUGUGACCCACCUAGCACCAUCAGCCAACAUGGUGGAAGUGCGAAAAUAUACAAUAACUUUGGCUAUCAAAAGAAACUGUAUUACAAAUUGGUCCAAAUACAUAUCACUUUUACAGCCUGUUUUCAAUAAGUUAAUAAUAUUUUGUUUUCUUAGUUUUUGUGUGUAAUAAUUAUAUUUUGAU